GGCUCGAGCUUGCUCAAGCAUGUUGUGUGUUUGGCCCGUUUGGCACAGUGUCAACUGAGCCCUGCUCGCCUUGGCGGUCCCCUCGAUCGGUCUUCGAGAGCUGAGAGGUGUCAAUGACAUCUUCCCAGCCGGACGAUGACGAGUCUGAGGAGAAGCCAAAGGCCCCCGAGCCUGAAGACAAAGCCACAGAAGAUGCAAGUGAAGCCCCGGCUGCUGCCUUCGAGCAGGCCGAGGAGGCGACGCUUGCGCCGAAGUCCUCUGAUAUCUUCAUGCUGGCUAGGCAGCAGAACUUUCCAGUGGCUUUAAAGUUGCUGGAGGCUUAUCCAGAUCUUUGGCAAAGCACCGAUGAGGAUGGUCACAGCCUCCUGCACUGGGCCGCUCUGGUGGGAAACAAGGACUUUGUCCUCGCCGGCCUUGGAAAGGGCUUGCAGGUGGACGCUCUUGCCAACAACAAGCAGACGCCACUGAUGUGGGCGGUGCUGCGGGACCACGUUCCCGUGGCCAGGCUGCUCUUGGAUUCUCAGGCCGCUGUGGGUGCAAAGGACUCCCUGGGCGCCACGUCGAUGAUGAUCGCCGUGCAGCACAGGUCUUACCCCAGCAUCCUCUUGCUGAUGCAUCGCGGGAGCGGCAUCCGCGAUAGGCUGCUGGCAGAUGGCGACAAGAAUGGCUGCACAGCAGCCCACUGGGCAGCCUACAAGGGGGAUCUCACAGCCUUGAAGUUGCUGCACUACUUCAAGGCCGACCUGCAGGCCCUGGACAGCGCCAAGAUGCUGCCGCUACACCGGGCGGUGUGCGCCUCGCAGACCUCCGUGGUGGAGUUCCUGGUUGAACAAAAGAGUCAGCCGCAGGCCCGCAACCACGAGGGCAAGUCCUGCAUUGACAUCGCGGCCGAAAAGCACGAUGUAAACAUGCAGGCCUUGCUCAAGCGGCUAGAGCAGAAGAAGGCCGAUCCAUUUGCAGGCGGCAAGGUGGAGCCCGAAGACGUGGAAUCUGGCGCCAAGGAUAAGGACAAGGAGACCAAGCCCAAGAAGGACGGUAUGUUCAAAGGCCUCAUGCAGGACAAAGCAGCACACAAGAUCUUUCCGACCUUCUGGCUGGUUUGUGUGUCGCUAGCGACUUUCCAGUACAUCAUGGACAUCAGACAGAUGAGCUAUGAGGUGGCCCCUACAACUGCCUUUCUCUUCGAGCUGUUGGUGCCCAUGUCCCUUGCUGUCUUCUCGUUCGUGGCGCUGGGUGACCCCGGCAAAGUUCCUGCCCGGCCGCCGGGAAAUUCUGGAGUAGAGGAGCUCAUGAAAGCCUUCGACUCUGAUGCAGCUGACACGAAUCCGCCGGACAUGAACCGGCUAUGCACCACCACAUGGGUGCUGAAAGGGCUGCGCACAAAGUACUGCGUUCAGACCGGCGCUUGCGUGGAGGAAUUUGACCACUACUGCGUAUGGCUUAACAACACAAUCGGUCGGGGUAACCACCGGCAGUUUGUUGGCCUGGCCAUCGUUGAGUUUCUGGCACAGGUGAUGCACCUCCGCCUUUGCUUGGUGAUGGCGUCGACCCUGGUACCCUACCAGGGCUUUACCCAGUUCACCUGGGGUGUCGUCACUGGCUACCCGCUGCUCACAAUGAUUGUUUUAGUCCAUUGCAUCACGGCACCUUGGGUGUUCAUGCUGACCCUUCAUCAAGCGCGGCUGGUCAUGAUGAACUUGACCACCAACGAGAUGAUGAACAUGCAUAGGCUGCUACUGUGGAUGUGGGAUAACAGAUGCCAGGUCUCCCCAACCAGGGAGAAAACCUACAAGGCAGAGAAAUCAAUUCCUGCCGAUCCUGUAUUCGGCUUGCCUUGCAUUGAUUGCCAUUUGCAGAACUGUUGAACAUGCCAGCUGCCAAAGCCAUUCUUAGAAUCUCUGGCGCUCAAUCGAAAUGAUGCAGUGAACAGCAGGCCAGUUCGCUUUUGAGGAGGUUCUCAAUGGCGGAUAAUUGCCCGAAUGCCCGUUACAAAGACAAUCAAGGCCUCUUGAGUGGAAAUCAUAAUCCGGAUUCAUGGUCCUGUUGCUGAAAACUGCAGUUACGACUCAAACAAUGGCCUGAGCAAGCAGAGUCGAAACAUGGCAGGUUGCAACACAUGAGUACAUGUUUGUACAUGUUGACUGAACACCUUGAUCACGCGCGUGCGCAGACACCCA